AUGUUUUCUGACUUGCUGUAUACUGAUAAGGCUCUACCAGUUCCAGUGAAAGCAGUUGAUUGUACAUAUGAUCGACUUGCCCAGCUGCUGAAUGAGACCCAGGAUAUAGUUAGUGGUCCUGCUGCCGCUGCCCUAGGAAGAACAGGUGAUGUAAAACCUGGGGCAGUCAACUCUACUUUCCUGCAGAGUAACAACCAGAAACUUUUGAACUCUACUUUUGAUGGAGAGCAGCCUCCUGCUCAGAAGCUGGCCAAUAAUCCCAAUGCAAAUGCAACCUUUGAUCAUAAGCAUAUGAUUGCUGCAACCAACAAAACAUUUGACAGGUUGGAGCACCAAAUGGCAGCAAAUACAACAUUUGAAAUGGCAGACAACAAUCUCAUUAACACAACCUUUGACAGGAAGGAAAACCAGCAGGCAAAUACCACCUUUGACUUCCAGGCUGGUACUGAAGCGAAGAAUGAAAAUCUAAAUAUAACUUUCGAGAAGGGAGAAUACAGGAUUCCCUCCAUGAAUGAAACUGUCAACUUGAUGGAUGCAGAAGGAGAUGUGUUGAAGCUGAUUCUGGACUCCACUCCCAAAAAAUCAAGCAAAGCCGCACCUGAAGCUGCUUCCACUCCUAAAGGAGCAGCCAAGCCUCAAAUAGCUUCCAAAGGAACGAUUACCAAAGAUCCUACACAGUCAUUCCUUCACCGCAUGUCAUUGAAUUUAAGGAAUGAGCAAGUCAAGGCUGCUGUACCAGAGAGCAGCCAGCAACCAGUAGCAGAGCCACAUUCUCACACUCAAGCACCGAGCAAUAAAAAUGCUGUUCCAGGUUUCAAAAUGGGACACUUGGACCAGCAGGCAAUGAGCACCCAGCUGAGACGUCUUCACAAUGGCCCUACAGCUGUGCGCAGUACUUCAGGUCCAAUGAGGGCCUUGCCAAUGCAUGCUUUCCCAUUACAUCAAAGUUGUGGAAAACAAGUGGAAAAUGCAAUCAGUCCGGAUGAUGAAGGCAUUACUGCCCUUGAUUAUAACACUCCUACUGAAUCUUCUAUAAAAGAUGCAAAACCCACUUUUGGAUCAAUAAGUAGCAUUGAAAAUGAAAGACCAUGUACCCCUGAUAUAGGAAUAGCAAUGGAUCAUCGAACAUCAACACCAGAUGUUUUCAGGCCUGGCGACCCUGGCAGUGGGCCUCGAAUUACCAGCACUCCAGCAAUGAGAGGUGGCGUCUUCUCCAGAAUGGUGGGCAUGGAUGGGCCUGCUCCAACGCCCAUCAUCGCUCCAAUCCCACGACUUCAGAGAGUUGUUAGCAUUGCCAGCACAGGGUCAUUGCCAGAAAGUUGUCAAGAUCCUCAGUGGCCUGGACUAUCACAUGACUCCACUAAAGACAGUAAGGGUGGCAUUGGCACUCCAGCAAAUCAUCAUUCAGGAAGAGCCAUACAAGCUGUUAAGCUUAAUCAUCGGAGUGGGGUUAAUCUUAUGGCUGAUUCUAAUGAAGUUGAUAUACAAGAUAAAAAGUCUGAGCCUCUGUUACAGAAUGAAGAUUUUGAUAAAGUGAUACCUUCACUUGAUACAGGAAAAGAAGUGGAGGAGGAGGAGAUUGUGGACAGUCAAAGACUUAUCCAAGAUGGUGAUAAACAAGGUGCCAUAAACAAACAAUUCCCUGCAGCACAAGGAAAUUCCCAGCAAGCAUGUGAUGGCUUACCAGGUGAAACAGUAAGAAGGAAGGAAGUAACCAAAGACUUGAAGAAAGAUUGUCAAGAAAUACUAAACAGAACAUUGGAUUUACAACCUUCAACAGAUGUAAAUGUUGAUGGAAGUCAAGCUACAAACAAUGAGAAUGAGAUUAACGUAGAAGAGCCUGAUGUUCUUGCUGAAAAAAUGCCAUCUGGAAAUGUGCACCAGUCUGAGUUCAGAAACAACACAACAAAGCCUCUAGUUGACCAUGAAGUAAGAGCUGACUGUGAGAAACAGAUAGAUACUGCUGUCAUUACAAAAAGCCAGUCUAGUAGUAGUAUUGAAGUGAAGGCAAAUUAUGAAGCUUCUGAUGCCUGUGAACCUGAUUUACCUAUUAAUAUUAAUAAAAAGAACUCAACACUUAGCAUUGUGCCGCAAGUCAUCCAAAGUAUUCAGACUGAAGUUUGCUUAAAUGAUACUUUUGAGGCUGAGCAGUCAGAUUCUAGUGCCAAAAUAAAAACUGAGGAUUAUCAUAUUCAGAAAGACAAUAUUCCAGUAGAUAAAAAUAACCUCCCAGAAGGGCCAGGAAAAGAUAUUUGUGCAGAGAGCAAGGUCAACAAUAGCCAGGCAGAAAAACCUAGGCCCAAACGAAAUAAGAGUGCUGAAAGUAACGAGUCCAGUAACAAUGAAGGAGAGUCCCAUACUAGUAGUGAGAUGAAUGCUGAGCCCAACAGACAGACUAAACUGAAAAGAUCAUCACUUACACAUGCAAGAAAGGUGCCAACACCUGUGUCAUCCACAAAACCCAAUCUUAAAACUACAAAGAAAUUAGAUACUAGUAAAAGUAGUACUUAUAGUAAUACAAGUUUUUCAAAGACAGACCAGAAAACAUCAAUGAAAAAGGUUGGUGGUCAGUCAUCCAGACCUACUGCAACAAAUAACAAAAACCCACAAGCCAUGGCAAGACCUGCUUUAGGAAUUCGCAGGAGUUUACCUCAUUCUAGUCCAUCUCAGAAAUCCAAUAACAGCAUUACUAAGUCAAAUAAAGAGAAUACCCUUGGCAAGCAAGUUGAUGGAAAUAUCAAACAGCCAGAAACUCAGAUUAAGAGUAAGCUGUCUUUAACAAAAGGAAUUAAUCCACCAAAACGAACAGUCCUUGGCUCCUCAAACAUUCAGAUCAGGAAAAGCAUUGUUGUUCAGCCUGAGAAACAGAAAAAUGGACUUGCUUUUACAAAAAAUUCACCUCUCAGAGCUAACACUGGGGCUUUAAAAAAUAAAGAUCCUGGUGAAUCAUUAAAAGUAAGAACUAAAUCAGUCCAGUCUAAUAGCACAUAUGGACAAGAUAAAGAUAACAAAACCACAAGCCAAAUCAGAUUAAAACCACUGAGUAAGAGAAUGAAGCCAUCUUCUCCCCACAAGAGUCCAUCAAAAGCGGAGCUUAAACAACCCCAAAAGCUCCCACAGCCUACCCAAAAGAUAGCUGUAGCAUCCCAUACUUCGGGAUUUACAAAUAAACUGGCAAGGCCACAAAUGGCUUCAGGUCUUCAAACCCCUGCAGCCCAAAGCAAGAUUACGUCAUCUGGGAACAGUGCAGUUUCCAAGCUGCCUGGAUUACGACCUCUAUCAAAUAUUAAGCCUGUGGCAGUGAAGAGGGUUUCUGGGAUAAUGCCUCCCACUACAAACAAGCCAAAUGUGCUUCGGCCUCCAAGACCAAUGGCUCGAUAAUUAGUCAAAUUACACACACUGAUCUGAUGUCAGUAUUUAUGGGAACAGUGGCAGGUAUUUAGAUAUUGUUACAGUAAGGCUGUAUUCAGUGAUGAAAAUUGUUGGUAUUUGAAAAUGUAUCACUGGGAGUAACAUACCACAGCUAUUCUUGCAUUUUUAAAUGUACAAUGAGGUAUGUUGAGAAGUGAUAUUUGAUUAAUUUCUGAGACAACUAACACUUGUGAAGUAUUUUAUUGAUUAUUUAUUUAUCAUGUCCAUUCGCAUGAUGAAACCUGGGAAUUCUAUUUUAUCUGUCAUUUUAGUGUUUUACAUACAUUUAGUCUUCAUGCCAGAAAUUACUUGUUUUUCUUGGUGUAAAAAAUGCCAUAUUUUGAAAGGAUACAUAAUACAUAGGAUACAUACAAUGUACAUAAUAUUUUGAAUAAAGUUAUAUUUAGUGGA